AUGAAAUCUAAUCAAAAUUCAGAUAUGAGUAAAGAAGAUCAGGAAGAAGAGAAUUCUACAGAUAAAAUUGACAAAUUCUUUAUGGAUAAGGAAAAUAAUAAGAAGAUUUAUAACAAUAUUACCAGUAAUAAUAUUGAAGAUAAAUUUGCAAGUUACGUCAAGACAAUUCUUAAGACCCAAAAAUAUUUGAAAUAG